CACACCUUUGGUUUGAGAAAGAAAGGAGACCCCUACACGGAGAAAAGUGGGACCCGAGGACCACAGGCGGGAAAGAGGUAUACUGACUACCCCAACACCAUCACAAUGCUUAACGCCUCGGCGCUGAAGCAGGAAUGCUAGAUUCCUGGAUCUCAGUGCUUAAAGAUGGAUUGUGAGGAUACUAGAAUCCUUGUACGGAAGCUUUGUGGAGUACUCGUAUCAUUGUUCGAGAAUCACAUUGGUUCAGGCAAUAUUAGUAGUAUAUAUAUCUGGUUCUUCUACUUGGCUUAUUCUCGAGCAACAGCUAAACUAACUACCAACACAAGAUUGGGUACAUAUCUCGUACUAAAGGCUAUUUUUAUGUGCUAUGGCUCUUCGUCGAGUACACCAUCAAGAUAACAACUUAUACGGUCACAUAUUCGAACUACUUCUUUGAUGCAGUCACGUGUCAUCCUCUCGGGCAGUUAGCAACACAACCAGACUCAGAAGCCUUCUUUGGCUAUCAUUCGUACUACUCAAUAACUCCUUGAAUCUUGUAGUACUGUACUCAAACAUAGUAUGGCUUCUUCCCUGCUUUUAGACCUCGAUGGUGAGCUAGUACACGAUAGAAAUCCUAGGCAACGGAAGAACAGGGUAGUGAUCUACUGCGACAACAGCAUUCAUGCCGUCGUGUCAACCAAGUUCAAGCCGUGUAUUUUGAAAGUGCGAUCCCGAACCAU